GUUGGCUGCUGCCGUGCGUUAGUAUCGCACAGCCCCUCCGAGAGUUUCAACUGGACUGUGAGUUUCACCGGGACGUUUUCAUGAUUGAUUUAUGACAGGCUUUACCAAACAUCUACGGUGCUUACUAAAACAAAGAUCCGACACUUAUCUCUUCAACCGACUUUGAUUUUUUCAACUUUGAGGUCACAAUGACUUCAUUCUUGCUAUUCACUGUAUUAGCAGUUGAAACGAGUCUAUCAGUCGUAUCGGGACACGGUGACGUUUUUACAAACCACUGGGCGGUGCAGAUCACAGGUGGUCAGCAACAAGCUCAUAGAAUCGCAGCAAAAUAUGGAUAUAUAAACUUUGGACAGAUAGGAAGUCUGGAGGACUAUUACCAUUUCCACCACAGCAGAGUGGUUCGCAGAGCUGUAUACUCUUUCAAGGGGCCCCACAGCUUCAUCCAUAUGGAUCCUGAGGUGGACUGGGCUCAGCAGCAGGUAGUAAAACACAGAGUAAAAAGAUAUGCCAAAAGUGACCCCAGCUUCAUUCAUUUCAAUGACCCUAAAUGGUCCAACAUGUGGUACAUUCAUUGCAAUGAUAAGAGCAGCCCUUGUCACUCAGAGAUGAACAUUCUGGCUGCCUGGCAGAGGGGCUACACCGGCAAGAAUGUGGUUGUCACCAUAUUGGACGACGGCAUUGAGAGAAACCACCCAGAUCUGGCUCAGAACUAUGACCAUCUAGCAAGUUAUGAUGUCAAUGGGAAUGACCAUGACCCGACACCACGUUAUGACUCCCGCAAUGAAAACAUACAUGGAACUCGGUGUGCAGGUGAAGUUGCUGCAGUGGCCAAUAACUCCCAUUGUACCGUUGGGAUUGCCUAUAAUGCUCAUAUUGGAGGGAUUCGGAUGCUGGAUGGUGAUGUGACUGAUUUGGUAGAGGCCAAGUCCCUGGGAAUCCGACCUGACUACAUUGACAUCUACAGUGCCAGCUGGGGACCAAAAGACGAUGGCAAGACAGUGGAUGGCCCUGGGCCGCUAACUAAGCAAACUUUUGAGCAAGGCAUCAAGAAGGGACGCAAAGGCUUGGGGUCCAUUUUUGUCUGGGCGUCGGGUAACGGGGGUCGACAGGGGGAUCACUGUUCAUGUGACGGUUACACCAGCAGUAUCUACACAAUCUCCAUCUCCAGCACCACAGAGAAUGGAAACAAGCCCUGGUACCUUGAGGUCUGCAGCUCCAUCAUUGCCACAACAUACAGCAGUGGAGAGUUUAACGACAGGAAUAUUGUAACCACCGACCUCCGGCACCUCUGCACUGAUGGUCAUACCGGCACUUCUGUCUCUGCCCCCAUUGUGGCUGGAAUCAUAGCCCUCGCUCUGGAGGCCAACCUUUUGCUGACAUGGAGGGAUGUGCAACAUCUUUUGGUGAAGACAUCCAGACCAGUUCACCUGAAAGCUGAUGACUGGAAGACCAAUGCUGCGGGACUCAGAGUCAGCCACCUAUAUGGUUUUGGCCUGGUGGAUGCAGAGGCCUUGGUGCUGGAGGCUACGAAGUGGAGGACUGUUCCUCCUCAGCACACAUGCAGUCAGUUGCCUGUGCGACAAACCAGGUACAUCCAUGCUGGCCAAAGUCUGAACAGCAGCAUGACCACCUCUGGGUGUUCAGAAGAACCUGACCAGCACGUGGAUUACCUGGAACAUGUAGUGGUCAAGGUCCUGAUUGCCCACCCACGGCGAGGAGACAUUGAGAUCAACCUCGUCUCUCCGUCUGGGACGAGAUCACAGCUGCUGGCCAAGAGGUUGUUUGACAGUUCCAAUGAGGGCUUCAGGAACUGGGACUUCAUGACGGUUCAUUUCUGGGGUGAGAGGGCAGAGGGCAUAUGGACUCUGGAGAUUGUUGACUCACCAUCAAAGCUACGCAACCCUGAGGUGCUGGGCAACCUAAAAGAAUGGACACUGAUCCUUUAUGGCACAUCUCAGAACCCUUACCAGCCCCACAGUGCUCAGCACUCCUGUUCAAGGAUGUUGGAGAUCUCAGCCCCAGCGGAGAUCCUUCAGGAGCCAGAGCUGAAGGAGGAAGAUGAGUACAAUGGACCAUGCCACAGUGAGUGUGGAGACCAGGGCUGUGACGGACCAGAUACUGAACACUGCCUCAACUGUGUCCACUUCAGCUCAGGCAGCUUGAAAAGUGGCAGAACCUGUGUGAGCCACUGUCCACUUGGACGCUAUGGAGACAUAGCGUCUCGACGCUGUCGACGCUGCUAUAAAGGCUGUGAGGGAUGUGUUGGCCUAUCAGCCAGUGACUGUCUCUCCUGUCGAAAAGGCCUUUACCUCAACACACUCAACUCCAGCUGCAUCAAUACCUGUCCCCCUGGUUACUUUGCUGAUGAGCAUCAGAGACAGUGUCUGAAGUGUCGCGACACCUGUAUGAGAUGCCUGAGGUAUGCAGACAGAUGCACUGCCUGCAGCGAAGGCUACCGUCUGGCGGGGAUGACUUGUGUUCCUGAAUGCACCAAUGGGACCUUUUUCCAUGUGGAAGAGAUGACCUGCAGCCCAUGCCAUUCCUCUUGUAGGACUUGUACAGGGCCCGGUAAGGAGGAGUGUAUCCAAUGUGCUGAGGGCUACCUGCAGCAGGAGUGGAGAUGUGUGCAGAUCUGUACUCCUGGCUAUUACGCUGCAGAGGCAGCCGGAGUCCCUCAUAAGAUGUGUCACAGGUGUGAGGAAAACUGUCUGAGCUGCAGUGGCCCCGGAACAACUUGCACCAAAUGCAAAGAGGGUUACAGUCUGGUCGGCAGGACUUGUAUUGUGAAUGCCUCCUGUAAUGAUGCUGAUGAGGUGUUCUGUAAGAUGGUGAAGUCCAACCGUCUCUGUGAGAAGAGACUUUACCGUCAGUUCUGCUGCCGUACCUGUCUGAUGAACGGAUGAGGAGCCGACCACCAUUGGAUACCUGCUUCUCUUACUCUAAAUCCGUCAUGAAAAGAGACUGAAGUGUCAUCAAUUGGUCAAACCUAUGUCUAUAAUCAUUCAUGCAUAAAUACAAUUUGUUUUCAUUUGUGAAGGGAAGUCAACUUUUUUUUUUGGUAGGUUAUUUGGUGGAUGUAUCGAUUGAGAAGGAAGCUCUUCGGUUGUAUUUCUGCAGGUUGCAGAGGGCAGGUGUGAUUGUCAUAGAACAUUUUGUAAACUGCAGCAUGUAGAAUGUGUACAAAUAUUCUGCACUGAAAAUGAAUUGUAUUGAACAUGUAAAACGGCACUAUCAUGAAUGUGCUUUCAAUAGGAUGCACCGUUUAAAAACACUGCA